CUAGUACUCCGAACACAUUUUUUUAAAGGUAGUUUGACAUUCGCUACUUGGCUACUUGACAAUACGCUCAAUAUUACCCACAAUGCUUUGCCCCUUCUGCCGUUUGUUAACCGGAGGACACCGAAGUUUAUAACGAUUGGGAGACGGCGCGUGAUAUCAGCACACUGGGGGGGUUAAUAACGUUUCCAGCCUCAUACGUGUUAUAUCACUAAUUAUAUUGUGGUUGUUGUAUAAACAGGCGACAGUGCCCGCCCCUCUAGCAGCAUCCAACCCGAACAACCCGGUGGGAGUAACGAGUGCAGCUAAGCUAACGUGGGAAAUAUUCAGUCAUAUUAAUUAUCACUGCAGUCGCGUUUUUUUUGUUUUUUGCUUAUCUUAAUUUUAACUGGAGGUAUUUAAUUAGCAUCCUACUGCAUGCACGCAUCAUUUCCCGUCCAGGAAAGCGUCACUUUACGUCUUCACGUGCGGCUGACCUUGCCUGUUCUCAGAUAGCCAAAGCUAGUUUAAUACUAAACUAGCGUUAGCUUAACCGCGUCCGAGAGCUUUUUUUCCUUGUUUCCCCUCUGCUCUCAUUUGUUUUUUGUCGCGUUCAUGAUGGAGGACGAAGCCUUCACGGACAUUAACGGCAAAGCCAUAUCUCUGGACUGCCAGAGUCACUCCAGCCUCUGCAGGGAGUUCACCGUCAGCGUCCCCAAAGUGUCCAUCGGUACGGUCCUGGUGUACACCUGCUGCGUGUGGCUCUCUGCUUACGCCGUGUUCUGCAUCACAGAGAACACAGCCGUUCUGUCUAGUGCGAUAUUCAUCACCCUGGUCGGCAUGAUGCUUCACAUCCACUUCGUGAAGGUGGACCACGAGUCCCUGAUCGUCAUCCGCUCCCUGGGCAUCCAGUUGUCCUCCAGCUACGCCUCGGGCCGCGAGACCACCACGUUCAUUGAGAUGAGCAAGAUCAAGGAUAUCGUCAUCAACGAAGCUAUUUACAUGCAACAAAUCAUCUACUCCCUUUGUGUGCUGUUGAAAGACCCGUCAGAACCUAACGCAGUGUCAAGUGUUAUGCCAUUGUUUCAGAGUUCAAAGCCGAGGCUGAAGUGCUUGGUGAAAGUUUACAAAAGCUGUCAGGAGAUUAUUUCAAAGUGCUGAUGACGCACAACUCGUACACUAGCAAGGUUUCUGAUCGAGCAGUAUGCUUUUAAUAUUUCUUUGUUCAAUUAAUUUAAUUUUAGUGGAUGGAAGCAGAGUUUUCUUGAUUUGAUGUAAAAGUGUAUUUUUCACGGUUUUCCUCCUUUUCUCACCUGUAUGAACGUGAAUGUAAUCUGUUGAAUACCAAAUCAAGUGCAGCCACUUUUUAAAUCAUAACUUUGUGUUGUAGUUUGUUGUGUAGUUACUUAUUUAUACCGAAUUACUGGUGCUAGACUACUUAAACCGUAAGAGCCGAACCUUAUUUGUGCAUUUGUAUUUGAAUUGACUAAUUGUGCCAAUGUUUGACAAGCAUUCCCACACUGUAUUUUUGAUAACAAAUAAAUUUGUUAAAAUAUAA